AUGGACGGUGAUCCAGCAGUCGAGCCGGAGCUUGACUCCUUCAGCUUGACGUUUCCCCUACCGUACCGCGUCGCCUUUAUAAUCGUGCUAGCGGUCUGGGCUUGGGGCAUCAACCUACACUACCUAUACCUAUCCGGCAUCGACGUGCCCUCGCUGAUCCGGUACCCGGGCCGGUCCUCGCCGCACCACCCGACGCACCACCUAUCUACCUACCGCCUAGCCACCGUGCUCUCCGCCGUCUUCGCUUUCGCCCUGCUCGUCUUCUGGGCCUUUACGCAUCGCGACCCGGACUUGGUGCUAGCCUGGGACUGGCUCCCAUUGCUGUACCUGGCCGUGCUCAUCGGCAUCCUCGUCUUCGCGCCCUUCUUCAAGUCGCUAUCGCAUAGCGGGCGCACGCGUCUGCGCUCCACGCUCCGCCGCAUUAGUGUCGGCGGGCUCGCCGAGGCCAAGGAUGGCAAGUUUGGCGAUAUCCUGCUGGCUGAUGUGCUGACUAGCUACGCCAAGGUCUUCGCGGACCUGUACGUUGCGCUAUGCAUGUUCUUCCGGUCCGAGGGUAGCGCGACUGCGCGCCCGGACCGUGGCUGCGGAGGCACUUUCAUGGUGCCGAUUGUCAUGGCGGUGCCUUCGCUUAUCCGUCUGCGCCAGUGCCUCAUCGAGUACGGCCGGGUGCGGCGCGGGCGUAUCACCGAGUCCACGGGCUGGGGUGGCCAGCAUCUAGCCAACGCGCUCAAGUAUUCCACCGCGUUUCCCGUGAUCAUUUUCAGCACGUUGCAGCGGAACUCUACGGGUGGACAACCUCCGCCCAUUGGUUACUACCGGGCGUGGAUUGUAGCCUGCAUCGUCAAUUCUCUGUACAGUUUCUACUGGGACGUAGCUAAGGAUUGGGACUUAACACUAUUCGACGCAAAAGCGAGGAGCGUACCAGACCUAACGGCGUUCGGUCUACGGCGGCGUCUGCAUGUCGGGCCACCGGCGUUGUACUACGGCGUCAUCGCGAUGGACCUGAUGCUACGGUGCACGUGGAGUUUAAAGAUAAGCCCGCAUCUAGGCCGGAUGGCUGACUGGGAGGGAUCCAUCUUUGUGAUCGAGUUGCUCGAAGUCUUCCGCCGAUGGGUGUGGAUAUUUUUCCGUGUCGAGACCGAAUGGAUCCGUAAUAUGAACGUCGCCGGCCCUGGUGCUGACGACAUCCUGCUCCCAGACUACCACAAUAACAAUAUUCAAGGCCCCAGAUAUCAAGAUGACGACUAG